UGUAACCCAGAGCGCAAAAGUAAAUGCGAAAAAUUUUCAUAUUGCUAUAAAAUGGAUGAGAUAAAUGGUUAUAAAAUGGAUGAGGAGCUUAGUCUUUUGGAUGAUCUGGACAUAAGUGAACUAACUGAUGCGGAUCUAAGCAUUAAUUCAGUGCCAAUCGAAUCGUACAAGGAUUUGUCCUACAACUGCAAAUAUGUGCGCAUAAUGUUCAAACGUGCUGUGAAGCUGCCGAAUAAGCCGCUGACUACAACAAAUAAUGGCUUCAAACGCAAACUGCGCCCGGAGGGCAUUAUCACUAGCAUUAUAGAUGAAGAUCAGAUAGUGUUUGUGGUAAAGUUUCAGCAGCGCAAAAUUCCGGAGCUCAUCACUUUGGAGGAAAUGAAGCUGCGUGCGCCGGACAUUGUCAAGGAAUAUUUUCUAAGCAAUGCGAGCAUGACAUUUGCUGAUGAUGAGGAUGAGCUACAAAGUGUGAAUUCAUUUGCAAGCAUGUAAACAAAUGUAAACUAUAUGCAAAUAUAUAUA